UUUCUUGACUUCUAUAAAAUUAAACUAAAUUUCAUAGACCUACCUGCAUUGUUGUUUCAGUUUGGAGCCUGUAAGAUUACUCAAAAUUAAGAGAAGUGAAAUGGUGCAGAGUAAAGAGUCGUUUCUCUAUAAGGACACACUAGAAAGAUGAGAUUUCUUCAGUCUAGAAAGACAAAGAUGUAAAGGAGUAGAACUGAACUUUCUGAAAUCAUGAAGGAUGUGAUUAGGCUGUUAUGAGCCUCUAUUAGAAUUAGGAAUCCUCUUAAAAAGGAGUUCAACCUAGAAAAAAAUGUAUAACCAAACUACUUAUGUUCUCGUAAAUGGAUGUACAGUGCUAACUUAUUUACUACCUGUGUACUCUACUUACAUGUAAAAUGCCAUUUAUAUAUCAGAUAGCAUGGAAAAGAGCUCUGGCAUAGUGUUGAAACAUUGAAUGAUUCCAAAACAUGAUUUCAAGUAUGAUGGACUCAUAGUAGGGUAUGGAAGAAAAGUAAGAUGUUUUGGAACACACUUGUACAUUUUUAACUUAACGUCUGGAAGGAUAGCUGUGUCUUCUUACAACAUAUUUCUUGAUGCCACUUUCAGAGAUAAAAUCCUCAAUUGGAUAGACCACAGUGCUGACCCAGUAUGGGGAUUCUUGUGCCUUUAAGAACUAAACUUCAAACAAAGACUCAGACUAUUUGCUUACCUAAAACCACAAGACUAUUUGGUUUGCUUGAAUAUCUAUUAUAAUACAGGAAUUUCACAUAGCAUAUAUUGGAGUCCACCAGCAUUUUAGGAAAUACCUUUUAAAAGUUCCAGAUUUUGGAAAUCCAAGAAUUCUUUAUGUGAAGAGGAAGAAAACGCCUUCAUUCAACGCAUGUGUUUGGGCUCCCUACUCUGUGUUAGACAUUGUUCUAAGUAGUGCAGAUAUGGAUAAGUGAUAAAAAGAUACAGAAAACCAUUGUCUGUAGAGAGCUUACAGUUCACUGCAGGAGAUAAAGAUAGGUUGCACUGAAAUACCGAGGUGUGACCAAGUUGCUGUGGAGACAAGAUGGAGUUGCUGACCUUUGUACUGAAGAAUGAGUACUAGUUUUACCAGUGGAUGAUGCUGGCAAAAUAGAACACGAUGGUUCCUCUGGAAUGACCAUGGAUGCAGAGUCGGAAAUUGACCCUUGUAAGGUGGAUGGCACUUGCCCAGAAGUCAUCAAGGUGUACAUUUUUAAAGCUGACCCUGGAGAGGAUGACUUAGGUGGCACCGUAGACAUUGUGGAAAGUGAGCCUGAGAAUGAUCAUGGAGUUGAAUUACUUGAUCAGAGUAGCAGUAUUCGUGUGCCAAGGGAAAAGAUGGUUUAUAUGACUGUCAACGACUCUCAGCAAGAAGAUGAAGAUUUAAAUGUUGCGGAAAUCGCCGACGAAGUUUAUAUGGAGGUGAUCGUAGGGGAGGAGGAUGCUGCGGCAGCUGCAGCGGCCGCUGCAGCACACGAGCAACAGAUUGAUGACAAUGAAAUAAAAACCUUCAUGCCAAUCGCUUGGGCGGCAGCUUACGGUAAUAAUUCUGAUGGAAUUGAAACCCGGAAUGGCACUGCAAGUGCCCUCUUGCACAUAGAUGAGUCUGCUGGGCUCGGCAGACUGGCUAAACAAAAACCAAAGAAAAGGAGAAGACCUGAUUCCAGGCAGUACCAAACAGCAAUAAUUAUUGGCCCUGAUGGACAUCCCUUGACUGUCUAUCCUUGCAUGAUUUGUGGGAAAAAAUUUAAGUCGAGAGGUUUUUUGAAAAGGCACAUGAAAAACCAUCCUGAACACCUUACCAAGAAGAAGUACCGCUGUACUGACUGUGAUUACACUACCAACAAGAAGAUAAGUUUACACAACCACCUGGAGAGCCACAAGCUGACCAGCAAAGCAGAGAAGGCCAUUGAAUGCGACGAGUGUGGGAAGCAUUUCUCUCAUGCUGGGGCUUUGUUUACGCACAAAAUGGUGCAUAAGGAGAAAGGAGCCAACAAAAUGCACAAGUGUAAAUUCUGUGAAUACGAGACAGCUGAACAAGGGUUAUUGAAUCGCCACCUUUUGGCGGUCCACAGCAAGAACUUUCCUCAUAUUUGUGUGGAGUGCGGCAAAGGUUUUCGUCACCCAUCAGAGCUCAAAAAGCACAUGCGAAUCCACACUGGGGAGAAGCCGUACCAGUGCCAGUACUGCGAAUAUAGGUCUGCAGACUCUUCUAACUUGAAAACACAUGUAAAAACUAAGCAUAGUAAAGAGAUGCCAUUCAAGUGUGACAUCUGUCUUCUGACUUUCUCAGAUACCAAAGAGGUGCAGCAACAUGCUCUUAUCCACCAAGAAAGCAAAACACACCAGUGUUUGCACUGCGACCACAAGAGUUCGAACUCAAGUGAUUUGAAACGACACAUAAUUUCGGUUCACACGAAGGACUACCCCCAUAAGUGUGACAUGUGUGAUAAAGGCUUUCACAGGCCUUCUGAACUCAAGAAACACGUGGCUGCCCACAAGGGUAAAAAAAUGCACCAGUGUAGACAUUGUGACUUUAAGAUUGCAGAUCCAUUUGUUCUAAGUCGCCAUAUUCUCUCAGUCCACACAAAAGAUCUUCCAUUUAGGUGUAAGAGAUGUAGAAAGGGAUUUAGGCAACAGAAUGAGCUUAAAAAGCAUAUGAAGACACACAGUGGCAGGAAAGUGUAUCAGUGUGAGUACUGUGAGUAUAGCACUACAGAUGCCUCAGGCUUUAAACGGCACGUUAUCUCCAUUCAUACAAAAGACUAUCCUCACCGUUGUGAGUACUGCAAGAAAGGGUUCCGUAGACCUUCAGAAAAGAACCAGCACAUAAUGCGACAUCAUAAAGAAGUUGGCCUGCCCUAACAGUACUUCUAUAGACAUUUGUAGAGAUGUUGGCCUUGAAACAGAAAUUUCAUUUGAAGCCAAUCAGUCUCGUUCACAUACAAUACUGUAUAUUGAUUUAUGCUGUGUACAAAUAGAAUUAUUGCUUCUAGUUGAGUUGGUUUUUUUUUUUUUUACAUUUUGUUGAAUAGUGUGUUCUGAAUUCUAUUCAGUUUGUUUAAUAAAUGGGGGAAAGCAGCAACAAGUAAGUUGCUUUUAAUAAAGUAAUCCCUGAUUCUAUACUGAAUUUUUCUAUCUUAGAAGUUUUAUAUUUAUUUAAAUAUUUACCUUGCUUACCUUGAUGGUACUCUUCUAAGACCAUUUAACUUAAAGUUAAGGUAACUUUAGAUUGGUAACUCGGAAAGUAUUCAUGUUGACUCAUUUUUUUUUUCCCAUAAAUUUCUCACAAUAAAAUUGUCAGAGACAUCGACUAACAUAAAUGGGAGAUUUUACAGUCAGAUCUAAUUAUCCUAAUAUGGAAAUCAUUUACUUGUCUUGCUUACUAUUUUCAGACCAUAUGACAAUGAAAGUUUCCAUUUGAGCUUUUGCGUCCCUGGCAUCGCUGAGGAAAGAACAGUGGCUGGGUUCGUGUUUACUUUUCAUUUUGUUUAGCAGACAAACUGUACUUCUUUGGGGGCUUUCUUUGAUGUAUUUACAUCUUUUGUCAGCAUAGCAAACUUAGAAAACUUUCUUGACAAAUUUUGCUUGAUGCUGUUGUAUUUUGAUUAUUCCGUCUGUGCUGCUUUGUCUUGGAAUGGUUGUGUGCUACAAAUGAGAUUAUUGAGGACUGCAUUUUGGAAUCUCCUAGAGGUAAUUCGUGGCUCGUAGGAUCUUUUGCGACUUUAUAUAUGUAAAUGUACCCUGAAUUAUAUAUAUGCACAUAUAUAGAGAACAUGUAUCUGUGUGUAUUGCUUAUUUUACAUAUUUAUACACACAACCCCAGUAGUAGUUAAGAUCUAUAAUGAAAAGUAUUAAAUUUACAAUAACAUGAAAGAUGCAGGGAUGCAUGAGAGAGCAUUUUAUAAAUCAUGCUCUUCAGAGAGACUACUCAGGUGAAGAAUUAGAAGGAAAAUAAGGACACUAGUAUUUUUAAAGAGUAAAGGUAUUUUCUUUUAAAUAUCUUUGGUAAUUGAAAAAUAGACAUUAAGAUGUUUCUAGAUAGAAUGUUUUCAUACAACUUCAGCUCCAUGCCUUUAUAUUUUUCUGAAAAGCUAAUGAAUAUCUGGACUUAACUCCCUCAGUUCUCUCUGAGAAGCCCACGAGGGAGCUGUGCGUCACCCAGUGAGGGGGAUCAAGGAAGCCACAGCGCCAUGUACCAGGGAUUGGGUGCUAAUUAUGACUUACACCUGGCAGGUCCAGCCUGCUCUGUUCUUUCUUAGUUGCAGUUAGCAAACUUUAAAAAAACUGAACGCUUAAAUUGGCUUCGGUUAGAAGAUAAAGGUGUGUUUAAGUGCAUGAGGAAAAUCUGAGGCCUUAUUUGGAACGUCACCAAGUCUUUUACAGUCUUGUUUUUCUUUGAGAGCUGACAGUUUUUAAACAAACAGUUUGGAAUCAGAGUCAGAGAUGCAUAAAAUAUACUUGGUUAAUUAGAAUUUGGUUAUGUGAAGAUGGAUUUUGGGAAAUGGGAAAACAGUUUUUGGGGUCCUUUGAAUUGACUGUCAGCAUAUGAGUAUCUGGCACGUUAUAGGAGAUUUAGGAACUUUCUUCCCACUUGAUAGCUGCCUUGCCACUUCAUUAUGGUGCUCCUCCAUCCCUUUCGUGCUGUUAGGUUUUUACCUCUCCUCUUUCUCUGUGCCAUUGAUAUUUGUAUUCAAGAAUUAUAUUUAUAGGGUUAGAAAUCUAAAUAUUUGGUGGUUGGCAAGCCUCUGAAGUGCUAGAUUGAUUUUGUCCAGUUGUAAAUCAAGUGCUUUAGGCUGGUAUGGACUCCAACCUGAAUGCCAGUUAAAGCCAAGGCAUGGGCCUGUCCCAGUGGGAGCUUCUGUGCCCUCUUGGCUCUCAUAACAUGCUUUUUUUUUUUUUUUUUUAAAGUAACUUACAGUUGUGUGAUUCAUUGCCCUGCAGUACUAUCCUUGAAAGCUCUGUCUGUUUUUUUGUGAGAACCUUUAAAAUCUCCCUUAAUUUUUUUUUUCCCCAGAAAUCACGUAAAAGACACUUAAAUGAAAGCGGAAAUUUAUUGACUUUAAAACACGCUGUAAAAUUAGUACAGAAAAUAUAAAUAAUUGGUCAUUUAACUAUAUUUUUUUAAAUAAACUGAAAGAUAAAGAACACAACACUUUACACACUUUAUAUUUCUCUUACAUAGUCUGGAAUCAUACACAGUUAUUUUCUUUUUAAAGCACAAUAUUGAAACCUUUAAAAGGUAUUUAAGGGUUUGGUCAAGUGAAUAUGAUAAAAUGUGUCUGUAUAAAGAGAAAAUGAAAUUGUAGUCACUGUUAUGUACUGACAUUAGUUACAACCUAGUUUUAAUUCUUAAAACGAUUUUGAUUAGCAAAGCUAAAAAAAAUGGAUGUUUCAGUUAAAUGUUUUAAAGAGGUACAGAUUUUUACAAGGACAUAAUAUAAGUUAUUGUUCUGUAGAAAUAUCCUAUUAAAUAUUGUAUGUCCCUCCCUCUGUACACUUUGUAAAAAAAGUAAAAUACAUAAAAAGAAAAUCAUAUAGGGAUGUGUGACAUUAUUGUAAUUGUGUACUUGAGAAUAACGUGCAAAAAUAAAAAUCAGAAUAUUUUCCUGUUAAUGGAUGUUUAGUCUAUUUGAUACCAGUACUAAGUUAAUGCUUUUUCUUAAGGAAAAAAAUGUACAGUUUUUGUAAACCUAAUAAACAUCAAAAGCAGUGGA